CACUAUCUUGGUGGCGGUGGCAGGGUCGUUUUCUAACACCGACCGAUAAAUCGCCGAGUAAAACAAGUUUGCGGACCGACACCUAAUUGCACUGUGAGAUGCAACCCAGAAUAUACCUUCCUCUUGAAUGCAAAAUUCUUUUCUUCUCUUGUGAUGACGCUGAUGAUAAAGUAGUCAUAGCCUCUCGCGAUCAUGGGGUUUCAUCAGAUGAUAUUCACAAAACAGAGGAGGUUGUUCUGAUCGCCAGAAACUUCGAUGAAUUUAGAGGUGAAUCAAUUGUCGGCAAGCUAUUGGAGGCGAAUUGCGGAUCCCCCAAAAUACAUAAUGCAAAGAAGAUUGAUGAGAACGGAGUCUUCAGUGAAAUUGAAGUUGUUGAAUUGACAGAGGAUCACGUUGAUGAAAGUAACCAGAGGAGUCAGAUUAGCGAAGGGGACAAAGAGGUUGAGAUCUUGAACCCAGCUUACGAUGGGAGCUGCAAUGAGAUUGAUGAGUCUCAUAAGAAGGGAACGGAUGACGAAGAAAGGAAAGAAUGGUUGGAAGAGGAUGAUUGGGAGGGAAUAGAAAGUACUGAAUUGGAGAGGCUUUUUGGUGCUGCAGUUUUAUUUGUUGAGUCUAAGAGCAACGCUAAUCGAAUAGCGAAUCUUGGCAACGAUGUAAAGAUGCAGCUAUAUGGAUUUCACAAGAUCGCCACUCAAGGGCCUUGCCAGAAACCUCAGCCAAUGGCACUGAAUUUCUCUGCUCGAGCUAAAUGGAAUGCUUGGCAGCAACUUGGGAUUAUGAGUCAAGAGCUGGCGAUGGAGCAAUACAUCACUGUUCUUUCAAACAGCAUUCCUGAUUGGAUGCCAGAAAAUUUUAUCGCAAUAAAUAAAUCGGGUGGUGCAGAGAUCCAAGCAUUUGAAUAGCCACAAUUUGAGGGCAUAAGCUGCCAAGCUAGACAAUUGUAUAACAAGAACAGCAUAUGAUGGCAAUGGAGUCACGCUUUCCGUAAUUUCCUGCCUGCUUCUUAUCGUCAGCUUCAACGUAGUUCUUCUGAGAUUGAUACAUACAUGUAUAUGGGUAAUGAGGAAGGAUACGGAUUUCAGUUGUAGUUGUAGGGUUGUGACUUGUGAAUAAUGCAUUGUAUUAUUGGAUAACUUUUCCCUCUCUAGCCCUCGCCUAAUGCCAGUCAGGCCAUGCGCACGCCAUUUACCAAGUUUGGGAAUGAUUUAAUAAAAUGAUGAUAUUCUUUUCGCAGCA